UUAGAUGUUAAAACUGUAGCAUUCUAUCUUUUCUAACUCUCUUCACUCCCUCCAAACUCAAUUACAAUUUCAGUGGCAGAAAAUCAGUGAAAAACUUCGAAGAAAAAGGGACAAGUUUUCACACUUUACUGAAAAAUUAGAACCGGAGCUUUUCAUUUCAGGGUUAUGUUAAAUGCUUUGUUAUGAAAGUAAAUGUGAUUCAAUGGGAGCCCAGAUGAAUUCUUAGGUUUUUCUCCAUCAAUUAUUACUUGAAAACAGACGAAGAUGGAGGUCAAUGAAGGAGCGAAAAUAGCUGUAGCUAGACCAGUUGCUUCAAGGCCUAGAUGUCCUAUUUACAAAUCUUUCUCAGAGCUCUUGGCUGGUGCAAUAGAUAUCUCAUCGACGGAUGUUCAUUCUGAAAUGGCUAUUACAGCCAUCAGACCGAGGACUGUCAGGUUGAAACCUGCAACAACCAAUGCUUUAGUUGGAGAUCUUUCUUCACAGGUUGCCACGUCUGGUGCACCAGUUGGUAGUCGAUCUGAUAACAUCUUGCAAUCAGUAGAGAAACCCAAGGUCCUGUAUAAACCCAUGGCUAAACUUGCACCAAGGAAAACCAUUACACUCCUUGAAAAUAAGGGAACCUCUGCAUCCGAUCAGCAACAAGAAGUAGCUGAGACUGAGGCUCAUGUUCAAUCAGCAAAUGAAGUUAAACAACAAUAUGACCUCAAGACAGAAUCUCAACAAAGUCGUUUAGCAAAAUCAGGACAGGACAAAAAAAUAGUGCAUGCAACAAUUGUAUCAGAGAACACAGAAGAAGUUGAACAAUCUUUAAUCAACACGAGUAAUGUUGAUCGUCCUAGUUAUGAUGGAUAUAAUUGGAGAAAAUAUGGACAAAAGCAAGUUAAAGGAAGUGAAUACCCGAGAAGUUACUAUAAGUGCACGCAUCUAAAGUGUCCUGUGAAAAAGAAGGUUGAAAGAUCAUUUGAUGGACAGAUUGCAGAAAUUGUUUACAGGGGUGAGCACAACCACCCAAAGCCUCAGCCUCUGAAGCGCAAUUUAUCAGAUGGACAAGGCCGAGCAGCCGUAUGCAAUGAAACUUCAAAAGGAACAAAUAACCCUGUAUGGAGUAACCAACGUCCUCAGACGAGAGUAGGUUACAUAUGUAGGAUGGAAAAUCAGAACGAUGUUGGAUUGCCUAUACAGUCAGCUUAUUCCAGCAAAGCAGCAUGCUUUUACGAUCCCAUUGCAGCUGCGGGAAUGCAGACUGCUGCCCGAAAUUCUGAAGAUUCUGCCGAAGGAAGUAAAAUGUUAGAGGCGGAUUGUGAUGAACCAAAGACUAAAAGAAGGAAAAUUGAAGGCCAAUCCAAUGGAGCAGGUACAUCAGGGGAAAGUGCAUUUCCUUAUACACCAAACCAAAAUACUACCGACUCUGAGAUUACCGGGGAUGGCUUUCGUUGGCGAAAAUAUGGCCAGAAGGUUGUGAAGGGAAGUUCAUAUCCCAGGAGCUAUUAUAGAUGCACAAGUCCCAAAUGCAACGUGCGAAAGUUUGUUGAAAGAACCACAGAUGAUCCAAAAGAGUUCAUUACUACAUAUGAGGGAAAACACAACCAUGGCGUUCCUAAUAGAAGACCAAACUCAGAGGCAUCCAAAACAAGCUCAAAAUCUUCAGCUAUGAAAGAGAAAUCAUAGUCGACGUGAUCAGAAGAACUUCAUUCCGGCAAAAUAAAUGAGUUAUGCUAAUAUUAUAUUCUCAAGAAGAUGGUUUAGCAAAUGGGAAAUUAAUGAAUUUAAACUUACUGCAGUAGUCGUUAUAUUUCCUUUGCUAAACUAUCUUUCUAUGAACUUUACGGGAUAUGACUAUGUUACACCAUUGAACCUGGAAGGAACAUAUGCUAGAAGAGUUAUUGUUGAGCUCUUUGCAAAAGCAUUAACUUUUGGCCUCUCGUGAAGUUGAGAAACAGUUAUCUCAUAAUAUGAAUUCUCAUUUGAGUAAAUUAUAUAUAUUUUCCUACCUAAUUCAUAGGAUAAGUUGGCAAAC